UGCAGGGAUACGAGGAUGAACAUCACCACCACCACCGCUACGACGUCGUCUAUGCUCAGAUCGUCUCCCGGAAUGCGUCACCGCGACAACCCCGCGCCUCUCCCUUUGGUCCUCAACUGCAUCGAAGAUUGCUCCCUCGAACAAGAGUCCUUAGCCGGAGUCGCGCUCGUCCACCACGUCCCCCUCAGCUGCUUAAACGAUGGCAAGAUUGAGGCGGCCGUCGUUGUCCUCCUCCACUCACUCUCCUACCUCUCUCGAGCUGCCCAGCGUCGCCUCCGUCCUUACCACCUCAUCCUCUGCCUCGGCUCCUCGGAUCGAGCAGUCGACUCCUCCUUAGCCGCUGACCUCGGGCUACAUCUCGUCCAUGUCGAUGCCUCUCGAGUUGAGGAGAUCGCGGACACUGUCAUGGCGCUGUUUCUGGGCUUGCUCCGUCGGACGCACUUGCUCUCUCGCCACGCGCUAUCCGCUUCCGGUUGGCUUGGAUCAGUUCAGCCUCUUUGUCGGGGAAUGAGGCGGUGCCGAGGGCUAGUGUUGGGAAUUGUUGGUAGAUCUGCGUCGGCCCGAUCUCUGGCCUCCAGAAGCUUAGCCUUCAAGAUGAGUGUGUUUUAUUAUGAUAUUGUGGAGGAAAAUGGAAAAGUAAGUGUGUCUUGUAUAGCAUUCCCACCUGCUGCCCGCCGAAUGGAUACGCUUAAUGAUUUACUGGCUGCAAGUGACCUUAUAUCGCUUCACUGUGCAUUAACAAAUGAAACCAUUCAGACUAUAAAUGCUGAAUGUUUGCAGCAUAUAAAACCUGGGGCUUUUCUUGUGAAUACGGGUAGCAGCCAGUUCUUGGAUGAUUGCGCUAUAUAUAUAUAUAGGCUGUUGUAG